UGACAUAACCUUUAAAUGAAAAACCGAUAGAGUGCAAAACAGUUGAACUUUAGCCAAUGCAUUCGGAAAUCAACUUAAUCGAGCUAAAGUAAACAAGAUGCAAAAUAACUUUUUGGAAUUCGGCACCAGACAAAACAUCAAACAUGCACCAUCUGUGCUGUACGGUCUGGAGAAUGGUCCAGCCAAAAAUGAAACAGAUCAAACCGACCCGGUUGAUACAAUCGGAGGAAUAUUCCGGGACGGUUCUUGUGGCUGGAUUGUAGUCGGUGCGCAUAUUGAAAUUGUUUCGUUAAAAAAUGGCAACAGAAUCGCUGACUAUACGUUUGGUGAUCGAAGAUAUAGCAACACUUUCGUUGCAUUCGUUGUCGAGGUACACAUCGAUCAAAUCAACACAAACCUGCUGGCCAUCGGCGUCCAUUGUUCCCCGACGACCAGUUGCAUCUAUUUGUUUGCUGUUGAUGGUUCUCGCAUCAUUCAUGCAAUCGAAAUCGAAGACAAAGUGACCAGUUGCUGCUUCAUAAAUAGCAGAGUUUGUGCGGACAGUGCUUUGAAUUCGUUCGAUGGGUGCAUCAUCGUCGGCACGGAAACCGGCAAAAUUCUAAUUGUUGACUUGUUUGUGGAGAGUUGUCUCCGCGUUCUGCAUGGAUCGGAGUUUUACAAAAAUGAGCCGAAAAUAUGCAAAAUCAUCUCAGCCACAACAUUCAAAAGGGUCGAACAGUAUUCCAACUCGGAUGACAUCGGCUUUGGAGUGCAAUUGGAAGAUGUCACAGUGUCCGGACCAGCACUGUCAAUAUUAUGUUUGGCACCGUUACUAAUCGUGGCCGUUGGAUUUGAAGAUGGCAAAAUGGUGCUGUACGAUCUAGGUGAUUUGGAUGCAUUUCACAUAGCCCAUCCGCCGGACAACGAUUCACCAUUGGAAAAAUUAACAUUUAUCGAACCAGCCGAUGAUCCUCGCGCUUGUGUGUACGUGUGGUCAUUCCAUUCGAAUAGCAGGAACGCAAUCGCUGUGCUGCAUUCAUUGACUUAUGAAAUGAAAAUCGUUAGACCGGAUGGCAACGGGUUCGUGUACAAGAACUUUGAACGAUGCACACCGCGACUUACAAUGCCAAUUUUCGAGAAACACUCCAAACCAGUGGCCUGUCAAUCGAUUACGAAAUACAUUGUGGCUGAGGAGAAUUUCUUAACGUUGUGUUUACUGUCUUGGACUUCAGCUACCGGCGCCUUCGUUUGUGUAUUCGAUUUGAAUCAAUGGUACAAACAGCAAUUACCCGACGCUUGUGAUUGGCGUUCUUCACCCACAUUUCUAGCUAUAUUUCCCUUGGGCAAGCAACCCGUUUUAGAUGUUUGGAUGAAUGGGGUCACCGUUACGCCAUUCAGUUCACUUAACCGACCCGAGGAACAUUUUUAUCCGUCCUCUCUGAGCUUUGAUUGUAUGCUGCUCACAACAAACGGUUCUGCCAAACUCCAUUGGCUGGGACUACAAAAUGAGGCACUAGAACAUUUGAAUCACAACGGUCCAUAUGCAAUAUUGGAACCGAAUCGAUGUUUUGCCGAAAUGGUUAGGGCUUCGUUGAUUCCACAGUUUACCGAUUAUUCGUACGACAUGAAUCAGUCGCUGAAAUCGAAACGAGAAUUUCUCCUGUCAAUAGCACUCGAAUACAAUUGCGUCAAUUUACUGAAGAGAUGCGCAAAUUCCUGGGCUGAUGGGAGUCAUCUGAGUAAAAAUCCAUCGGACGGAAUGUCGUUGUCGACGUUAACCGAUUGGAUCUGGAAUCGGGCCACAUCCAUUAAAGAUUGCUGUAACGAAAUGUGCAUUCCACUCUUCGAUCAUUCGGGCAAUUCCAUCGAGCCACGGUCACAGAAAGUUUUGUUGAACUUUUCGCGGCAGCUGAAGCGUCUGUACCUCUUGAUGGAUAUGAUUGUAACGACACACGAGAAAUAUAUUCCCGGUGAUGUGUUGGACACGUUGCAGUCGCAGCGCAAUUCCAUUUGUAUGGCCACCGAAUACCAAGACGUUUUGCAGUGGUUAUUGAAUGUGGGCCUAUUACCUGAAGUGAGUUCUAUCCAGCCGCACAAGAGUUAUGCCGAAUAUCGUGACUCAUCGUUUGACGCUUUUGAAGCCGUGCCGUAUCCAUACGGAACGCUGAAGAGUUACUACACAAAACAGAGACGCAAAUUCUGUGAAAUGGAUCGCAACUUUCUGGUGCCAAAAACGAACAGCUGCCGCAUAUUGUACGUUGAUGCAUUCAUCGAACAUGAAUGUAAUUCGGCCGUUCUACGAUCCGAAUGGAAAAAAGAAUCCGGCGAUGGACUGUAUCCACCAGCAUCGCUGCAAACAAUGCUACGUACAUUAUUGGUUCCGGGCGUGUCGACCGAGCGGAAGUAUAUGUUGUUUGUGUAUUUAUUCAUGGAUUUGAGUUCGGUGUUACGUGAGGAGCACUACGACGGUGUCAUAAAGAAUUUGAUCAAAUUUCCGGCUGUCUUUAAAAUGGAUCCGGGACUCAUCAAAGUAACCCAAGCUUUUUGGAAUCUCGACCAUGGAGAAUAUGAGCUGGCUGUCGAUGAAAUAAUUUCACCGCUCGCUCAGGAUCAGAACAUGUCAGUGUGGCAACGUGAAUUGUUAAUCGGAGCUCUGAUUCUGAAUGACCGACCGAAUUUGGCACUGCGAGCCUUACACGCACCGGGGUCGCCCAUUGCGGCAUCGCUGGAAAUUCGAACUCUUCUCGCUAACGAUUUAGUGGCGGACGCCUUUCAGGUGCAGCGAAUGAAACGCAAUCGCGACCUACUGUUCGAAUUCUUUCAAAUGUGCCACGAGCAGCGAAAAUGGCAUUUCUUGCUGAAUCUGUCGCUGAAUGACAAGGAAGAGGAAUGCUUGGGUGAAUUUUUGCGUUCGAUCGAAUCGUCAAUGGGUGAAAACAUUCACUUCAUUUAUUUGUUGCGACGCUCAAAGUACAUAGAAGCGGUUACGUUUAUCGACGACUUGCAUCACAAGAAACGAUCCGGUCAUCUCGAUUUGGAUACAUCGAAUACAAUAUUGUCAACGUAUCGGUCAACGAUGGCUCCGCCGAUACGACAGUUCUCCGACCUGUACUACAAGCAGAGGGACAACAUCAAUGUUAAACUGAAUUCAAAGGCCGAGUGCCCGAAGCCAUUAAGUUGCCAAUUAUCGCAGCGCAAGUUUGAUAUUGGUAGUGGUGUGUAUCAUCAAUCAUUGCUGCACACUGAACAAACGAGUGUUAGUUAUUGGGAAAAUCAAGAGAAGAAGAUGUGCGGUCUUGCGCCCAGCAACGUUCCAUUCCUGUACGGACUACGUGUAAAUUCGUCGCCAAACGGCAGUUUCGAUGAUCGUGUCUGCUAUCCGGAAUUAUCUGUUCCAAGUCAUAAACGGCGUAUGAACGAUUCACUCGAAAGUGCUGUUCAGGCACCAACGGCGAAGCGUCAACGAUUAGAAUGUUCGACUGUUAACACGACCCUCCUGACAUCUUUCAAAGGAACGGGAAACCAGUCUAAAUCGAUUCUGUCGAAAAGCUUAGACGACUCAAUCGAAAUGGAAGAUGACCCGGAAAUGUUGCAGACGACGCUAAGCACGCCCGUCGUUCAAAGUCAAAAGAAAGUUAAGAAACCAUUUUCAUUGUUGGAACGCAUCGGAACACCACAAAGCAUUUUGAAGAGUCGCAGCAGUUAUCGCGGCAAAAGUGUUUCGUCCGUUGCUUCACGGCGAUCGGUAGACUCCGAUGAGCGGUCCAUUCGAUUUAACCUACCCGAUGAUAUCGUUGCUGUGCCGACCAGUACACCGAUGCAAACAGUUAUUCCGGAUGUUUUCAAUUUUGGUAUAUCACAAAGGCCAUCCAUUCACUCAGAUCGUACCCCAUCACAGUUACUGAUUAACGAUCAAACUACAUUGCUGGCAUCCAAGGACAUUCCAACCAAUUCCACGAUCACUCCGUCAAAAACGAGUCCGGGAAGAAAACGUUUACGAUCAAUUUCACCGGAAGCAUCAUCUCGUACUCCAACUUGUGUUGAUGUUACUGUUGAGAGAUCCUACGAACCGCAAUCACGUCAACUUUUUGCUACACCCAACGAGUCCAUCAAUGAAGAACCCGAGGACAUCGCUACAGAAUCGAUCAAUAAACAACCCAUUCGAUCGACGGCAGAGCCUUGCGAUCUGGAGGAGGAUAGCAGUCAGGAAACAGUUGACUUAAAAAUUGCAACUACUGAAAAUGUGGACGAGGUUGCAGUUCACAUUAAAUCUUUUAUAACAGGCGAUAGUGCAAGCAAAUGUUUUGGUCAGUCCACUGCCAUGUACAGUGCUUUUACAGCACAAGCUCCAACAAAUGAACAAACUAAACUGGUCGAGAGAAUCAUUCCCAUUGAGGUUGAGCCUAGGCCACCUAUUGGAAGUCAAUUCGAAUUUGGAGGUCCUUCAUCGUUUGGAGACACAAAAGAGAAACGUAGAUCAAGCAUCGGACUUAACGUGUCCAACUUAAGCUUUCCAUCGCAACGAAAUAUCUUGACCGACUCUUCCUACUAUGAGUCCAGUUACGUAUCCGUUUCAACCGAUGGAUCUCCAUUUAAACAGAGAAAUCUGCUAACAAGCACGCUCAAUUCCAGUGAUUUGACUUCUCCAAAUACUACAAAGUCCUCGGUCAGUUCGAAAGGAGUUGGAAAAGCCGAUGAGAUUGAGACUGUUCAAAUCGAAGACAGUGACGACGACAGUGAUUGUGAUUUAUUUGAGCGCUUCGGAACGACACCAGCCGAACAAGAAAUUGCAAUUCAAGGUGGUGAAAAAGCUCAAAUGUCAUCGACCCCAUUCACGUUAAAGUCCUCACCAUCUGUGCAAUUCGAUGCGAACAGCAGCAGUUUUUCCAGUGAAAUAUUUCGCAAGAAGAACAUCUUGACUGAUAGCACGUUCAAAGAGUCGUCUUACCACAACUUGUCGAUGUUGGAUCGAAGCUCGAUGUACAAAUCAAGAAAUAUUCUCACCGACAGCACCUACAAGGAUCAAUCGGUUACAAGUUCCGAACAAUCGACGUUAACUGCUGCACAUAAAACAAUUGAGGAAAUUGGAAACUCGGUGGUUUCCGAAAAGGGAAAUGACAGCAAGCCAAUUUUGAUUGAUAUAACGGAACGAAAGACCAAAGAUUCCACAAGCCCAGACUUCAACGACGAAUAUUCGAACGACAUUUACGAUUUAUCCAGUGAAGCCGAUGUGGGUCUACAAGAUGAUGAUUACGAUGUGGAUGACUACGAAAGCGAAUCAGAAGAUGACGUUAUCGAUAUUUCCAGCGGAACGGAGGAUGUUCCUGAUCCACCAAUUAAGUCAAAAGGGCAAAACACCUCGGCUGGUCAAUUUAGUCUUCCUCCCUGUAACACAAUCGGCAAAAAGGAUCGCUUUGUUGAGGCCAACGUUCCGGCGGAUGUCUUCAAAAGUACGAUACCAAUGGAUGAGUCCAAAUGCAGCGAUGUGUCAUUUAUGACAGCGUCCGAAAAUUCGGUGAAACAUUUAACCGAGCUGAAGACUGCAUCCUUACAUCCGGAAGAAAAUGAUAGUUCACUGAAAGACGUUGCCUUAGAUACUCCUGUGCCACAUGAUUUUGAUAACGCGGAGGAGAAACUUGAGAAAGACCUACCAUCAGAUGACUUCAUUGGAGUCUUGGACGUCAAUAAGUACGGCGGUACACAAUUAGGUCAGAAUCAAGUCACCAUCACUUAUGAACUACAAGAAAAUCUGCUGGAUGACAACGAGAUCAAUGCAGAUGGUAUGGGAUUUACAAUGGACUAUGGUGCUCAAAAUGAUCUUGUGAGCAGUGAUUUGAACAACGCACUAUUACUCCCGGAGUCCUUCAUGCAAACCGAACCAGCAGUAAAUGUAAGUGACACGGUCUCGGAAGUAAUUGGCGAGACGGAAGGCACUCAAAAUUUAAACGAUGCAGUGAUAGACAGUCAGGAUACGAUUACAGCCGUGCCAGAGACACAGUGCGCCGUAAUUGAAGAGAAAAGUUCUGACGAUAAAAUUACAACUUCCGGUGAUACUUUGAUCCAAUCACAGGAAGUGUCGGUGGCAUCUGAACUCAUUUCCACUACUUGUGAUUUGAACGCAGGAAUUAUUGUGGAUACUAUUACGUUCCCGGAUACACUAGCGACAAGCGAACUGCCAUCAGAAACAAAUUCCGAAGUUAUCGCACACGAUCAAAAUGUAACGAAAGUAACCACUGGAUAUUUGGCGGAUGUGUCCGAUGUGGACGCAACUGAAGUGACAUCCGGAAUAUUGAACGAAGCCAUUCUUUGCGAUCAAACAGAAACAGUAGUUGAACCGAUGGAAGUUGCAGCAGUUGAUCAGGAUAUGAUCGGUCAAAAUAUUGAGGAAGAUGCUCAAACGCAGGUCACAGAAAGAGGUGAUGAAUUAGUAUCGAAUAAAGAUGGGAUACUGCAACGUCCAGAAGACGUACAAGAUACACAAGCACAAUUUACGGAAGAAGGAUUAGUCUUGAAUAUUGAUGAGAUACUCGAAAGCGCCGUGGUCCCAGAAAUACAGCAAAUUGUCGAAGAAAACGUUCAAUCGCAGGAGAAUGAUGGUGUAUUGGUUCCGGAAACAGAGAAAAGGGACGAAGAAAAUGGUCAGCAACACAUUGAUGAUGUCUUUUCACAAACACCGUCAACUUCUGCCGAUGCGUUGAAAAAAUCAGCUGAAUCAAAAAUUGGACUGCGGGAUACGCCGAAAAGACGAUUACGUUCGAAUUCAGAAACCGUUGAAACUCCUCCCGUAAAAUUGACUAGAAAGCGAUCAUCAUCGUCAAUGUUAUCGGCAGCAUCGACUCCAAACGAAUCAGUUGCUUCACCGGCAACACGCAUUACAAGGGCCAAAUCGGAAACGAAAUCGGUGUCAAAUCAACCAGUUAGGGCGCGUGGUGCAAGAGCAAGCUCGGAAAUCAAAGCAACAAGAAGUGAAGAACAUCCACCGCUGUCUAUGAUGGAUUCGAUGGAGUCCGAUGGCGUUGAUACAAUAACGAAAAAAGUGAAACGUGCAGCGGGUCGCAAUGUUAGCUCUCCAGUCAAUACACCUGAAGGAAGUUCACUUCGUGUAACACGUUCACGAACACGAAGCAUUGCAGAAGAUGACGAUAAUGUUUCGGUUGUAUCAGAAGUUAGUCAGCGAAGUACCAGAAGUGCUACAAGUAAAACUGGGCGGAGCACACGCAGCACUCGUGGUAAAAGUAAUGUUGCCGUUGAUGAAGGUGAGGAUGACGGUAGUUCGACAUCGAAAAAAACUCGUGCGAAGCCUCUAAUUCUUCCAAGCAUUAGUGAAGACUUAAUUCAAGAGGAAACAGCCGACAGCCAGUAUGAGGAUGACAGAAGAUUGACGCGUCGUCAAAAGAAAUUCAUGGCCGAAGUAGCUGAAAGAUCUAAACUGAUGGUUGCUCCCCCAACCAUGCCUGUUUCUCGCAAGCGUACACGUAGAAACUCCAACGCUGAUGCUGAUGACGAUGACAUAAGCGACACAGCAAGUGUGGCCUCAUCCAAAACCAAUGCAUCAGCAAGAUCCCGAAAAUCUGCCGAAUCCUUGACACCGGUGCGACAAUCGAAGCGACUAUUAGAGAAAGAGGGAUCGGUGGAUAAGAAAAGCAUUGCGAGUAUUGAUUCGGAUACAGAAUCGGUGGUUUCAGCUGUAAGAUCAACCAGGAGCCGACGUAGAUCUACCUCGUCGAAGAAAUAAAAAUGGAGAAGCGAGACGGUAGUCUCGAGCAAUUGAAUUUGAUUAGUUUUUAAUAUUUUUUUUUUUGUUUUAAUAUUUUUCGUUUAUUCAAAAAUUGCUUUGUCAAUAAAGCUGCAGUU